AUGGAAUGUCUGUCGUGCAAUAUUUACAAAUCGCAAAUUGUUUCGAAAGAUCGAGAGAUUCAGAAUUUAAAUAAUCUAUUAACAAAUCAACGAUUAAAGUCAAAGGCUAAACUCACUCAACUACAACAGGCGUUCCAGUCAAAUUUGAGCGAUCAUCAUGUGAAUGGUGAUUUGGUUGCUCGAAUAAUUGGUUUAGAAAAUCAUCUUUAUCACGUAGAAGAGGAAAAUGCUUUAUUGAAGAGCGACUUAAGUACACGGCAAAUGGAUUUGGAUCAUUUAACAUUACUUUUAGAACAAAUAGAUGAGCAAAUAAAAACGCAGAAGUUUGAAUUAUUAGAAUGCGAUGAAACUUCUUCACAAGUUGAUGUGGGAAAUUGUCCAGAUUUCGAACGAUUGCAUGCGCAGAUUGUUUACAAACUAUAUUUUAAUCUUCGCACAGCUAUGCUUUUGACUGAGAUUCAUAAAGCAUAUGGUUUUUCAUUUUUUUAUUACAAUAUUUUAUUGCAGGAUAAUAAAAUAAUGGAACUGAAUAGUGUUAUCCUAGACAAAGAGAGGCAAAUCCUUGAUUUACAAGAAAUGUGUCGUGAACAAGACCAGGUUGCUCAAGCAAAAACAAAAGCAUUCCAAAUUAUGCAACACAAAUUUAUGGAAGCCAGUUCGCGAACUACAAAAGAAUGUUCAACAGAGACGGAUGAAAAAGUAUUUACAGAAUAUAAUAAUAAUGCUUUAAAUGGGUGUCUAACUGCCUCUUCCAGUCGAUUAAUUCGUUCUGUCAAUAAAACAUUUUUGCCAGGCCAUGCAGUUAUGCAGAUUAAAACAGGUGAUCGACAUUCUCCUCCACCAGUUGAUCCUAGUGAAGAUCAUAGCUCAUUUACGACGGAAAAGGAAAUAAAAGAUAUUGAUGUUGGUUCCAAAAAUAGUGAACGAAAUAAGAAUCGCAAAAGAGUUACCUUUGAUUUACCACCUCAGCAAAAUGAAGAGAAUGGGAAUAAAGAUGAUGUGGCUCAAACAAUAAUUGAUCUCACUUCCGAAAAUGAUGAGUUAAGAAGAAUCAUUCAGGAAAUGGAAAUGAAUGGCGAACACUCAGCGAAAGAUCGCAUAGAAAAAAUUAUAUUAAAAUUAUUAAAGCUGGAAGCUGAAUUGGAACAGCUACGUCAUGAUGGAAAGAAUUUAGUCUUUAAAGCUCGAGCAGCUUCUCAGACCCGAAUCCGUGAGCUUGAGGAGAAAAUUGCAUCAAUGGAAACAAAGUACAAUAUUGAGGAUUUAAAUAAAUAUUUUCUUUCUAAAAAUCCAUUUAAAUUGAAGGUAGAAACAAUGAAAUCGAAAGAAGAAACAUUAAGAAAUGCUCGUGAGUGGUUGCUUGAAGAAAACGGCAAAUUAAUGGAGCAGUUAAGCUCAUUAAGGUUUCAACAGCAGAAGAUCGACGAUUUAAGAGAAGAACUCAAUGAAAGCCUUAGUGAACGAGAAAAAAUUCGUUUGAAAUUAGAAAAUGAUCGGGAAUUAAUUGUCAAAUUAGCUGAUGAUUUGGAAGAUACUCGUGCAACUGCAACAGUUCUUCUUGAGCAAAAAAUCUCGAUUUUGGAUGAUGUUGAACGCCUCAAAGGACUGGUGUUAUAUAGUGUUUGUAAUAGGGAUUCGAAAAUCGUUAAGAUGACGAUUUGGAGUAUAGUAAAUAUGGUGUAUAUGGUUCAUGAAGAAAGUAUUGAGGAAAUGUGGCGUUUUGAAAGAAUAUUAAGCAAUGUAUGGAGAGCUGAUGUAUUGCUCGAAGCGUUGGAAGCAUUGGAGGAAUAUAUAGAAGUACUUGAGACUGAUAUUUUUAUUUACGAGCAGCAUGUUGGAAUAUUGCGAGAUUCAUUAGGUGUAUCGCAAAUUGAUCGGCGAACACUGAUCAAAUCGAAAGCUUUCGAAACGAAGCUAAAGGCGUUAGAAUUGGAAAAGGAUCAAAUGGUCAAAAUAAAUAAUGAUGAAAAACUUCGAAUAAAAGCGCUUACUUUUAAAAUUCGAUCGCUAGAGAACGACAAUGCUUUACUUGUUGCGAAUCUUGAUGAAAUCAAAUCGAAACUCGUUGAAAAUAAUGAUAAUAAAAAUACGAAAAGUGAUUCGGCUGUUUCAUUGAAUUCGACACUAUCAGCGAAAAUUAUCAAUGAACAUGAAAUAUUUGAACAAAAUGAAUUGAAAAUUGAAAAUUUAAGAAAAAUAAUCAAUGAGAAAGAAUGUGAAAUUGAUCGAUUAAAAACAAUAUCAAUCCGGAAGGAAUAUGAAGAAAAAAAGAAUAAAGAGAAAUAUGAUAAUGAACUGCUAAACAUGGAGAAAAAAAUCAGUAUUCUGAGAGAAAUGAAUGAACAAAUAUUGGAACACUGGAGAGAAACUGAUGAAUUACUCGAUGAGAAGGAUAAAGAAAUAAAUAAACUUCGUGAAGAAAAUGAAAAAUUUAAGAAAGAUUCAAAUUCAACUGAUCAAGAUGAGAUCAUUGAUUUGGUAAGAAUGGGACAAGAAAUGGAUUCUCUUCGAGAGGAGUGUGAAAGACUACGAAGAGAUCUGUGUCGUGUCGAAUGUAUGAACUUCGAAUUACAGAAUGAAUUAGAUAAACAACUAGAAAAAGCGAGAAUGCAAGAAAAUGACCUGACUCAAUCGAACGAUAUGAUGCUUGAUACAAUAAUAAAUAAUUUGGAGAAUCAACGUGGAAGUUCCUCUGAUCUUUUAAAUCAAAAUCAUAUGGAAGUUAGUGUUGUAGGAGAAGGAAAGUACCAUAAUCAUAAAUUUAUUUCAAUUGAUAAUGGUCAAGAAUCAGCAAGAAAGAUAUUGGAUUGUGAUGGUACUGAUGAGAAUGCGCCAUUAGAAUUUCGAAAUAUGUUUCUGAGUAAUACAGAAAGUUGUGCAUUCUCGCAAACACACAUAUCCUCAGUGUUAACUGAUGCAAAUUGCCAAACGACAGUUUCGACUAGCGAAACAGCUUCCCAGUGUGAAAAUGUUAAGGAAAAUCUUUUGAACGAGUGCUGCCAUGUUUUCUUGCAAAAACAAUUAUCGUCAGCGUUGGUUGAUGAUAGUUGCCAAAUUUCGGCAAUUCUCAACAGCGAUUUGGCUUCUCAAUCUGAAGCAAGCUGCCAACCAAAAGUGCCAACCAGCGAAAUAGCAUCAUAUUUUGAAGCAAGUUGCCAAACGAUAGUUUUAAGCAACGAAGCAGCUUCACAAUGUGGAGAUAUUGAGGAAAUUCUAGCGGAUGUAUAUGAUGUUUUUUCUCAUAAACAAAUAUCUCCCAUUUUAAUUGAUGGAAUUUGCCAAACAAUUGUUUCUGCUAAUGAUGUAGCUUCACAGUGCGAAGAUAUUAUGGAAAAUCUAGUGACUGUUCAUAGUGAUUUGCAGUCCGUUGGACUAAAUGAAUCAGGAUUAGUUCAUAGCGAUCAAAAUGAUUCAAACGAAUGCAGUGCUUCGCCAUCACAGUUUGACAUGGUUUCAUCAAUAAGUGUGGUUCCAUCAAAAAUUUUUCAGAAUGAAAAUCUAUGCAACAUCGGUAAAGAUCAGAUUUUGGAGCAAAAUUUAUCGUUGUGUGAAUGUGUAACGGAAACAACUAAGGUUCAGGAUAGUCUGCCAGAAAAUAUUAAUCAAUUGAUGACAUUAAAUGCUGAAUUGGAGACUGCAGUUAACGUGCUUAAUGGUGAAAUAUGGUCACUUAAACAGCAAUUAAAAGCAAUUUUAAAUGAACGAGAACAUCUUGUUGAUAAACUUGAAGAAAUAGUUGAACUACGUGAAAAAGAUAGGUUGGAAGCACAACAGCGAGAAAGUGAAUUUGAACAACAAAAAGAUAUGACAGAAACAUAUCGAAGACAGGCACUAUUAAAUGAAAAUGAAUAUAGUCGUAAAUUGGUUGAAUGGCAGGAAAAAGAGAAAGAAAUGGAAAAACACCGAGCCGAACUGGAACAAGCAUAUCAGCAAUUAACGCAUUAUUAUCAAGAGCUACAAGGGGCAUAUAAUGCUCUCUAUUCUCAAUUUUAUGCACAAAAGUCGGAUUCUUGCACAAUUUCUGAUUUAACGGCUGACAUGAUCGACACUAUGCAAACUCAGUACAGUGAAAAUUUAAGUGUUAUAUCGCAAUUGAGAGAGAAACUUGAUUUCGCCAAUAAUCAAAUCAUCGAUCUUCGAUUAGAUUAUUCAAAACAACUUUCAUAUCUCCGUUUGAAAAUUAUGGCCUUACGUGAUAAUGAAUUAAAACUUAUUAAGGACCUCGUUGUUGAGCAUACCGCACUUGUCCAAUCUGAUUUCCUUCAUCAGGAAUCUGAAUUUGAACAGAAGUUGAUGGAAUUUAUUAAUCAGAUAGUCGUUGAAUACACUGAAUAUAUCAAUGAAAAUAAGCAAAUUUUAGGCAAAAUUUUUGAUCGCGACUCGAAUCCACCAUCACUCAAAAAUAUGACUUUACUGCAACUUUCUGAAUUGGUCAGAAAUUUAUUCAAAUGCGAGGACCAAUUUGUUAAUGGUUCUGUUAAUUAUACUGGUGCUGUUAAAGCAAUAUUUUGUCCAUCGAAGACACAAUUGGAUAUUUUAGCCACUCGUUUAACGAGUAAAACAGCAGAUAAUGAUGCUCUAUUCCGCUGUAAUGCUGAAUUGGCACAUACAAAUGUUCGUCUACAGAAUGAAAUUGAUUCAUUGAAUGCUCAAAUUAUAAAAUUUCAAGAAAAGAAUUACACAGACAUUUCAGUUGGCUUAUGCAUCGAUGAAGAUGUGUCAUGCUGUAAAUCAACCCAAACGCAACAAUCCUAUGAAGAAAUAUGCGUCAGUGAAUUGCAUUCAGUAUGCGAUCAUCAUAUGUUAAAAGAAGGCGAAAAAUUAUUUAAUGGGAGUGAAAGGUUGGAAAUACAGAGUAAUUUUGGCUUAUCGGAAUCUAAGCGAAUUGAUAAAUCGGUAGACUUGCAGAAAGUUGAAGUGAUUAGUGACGAGGCUGAUGAAAAUGUAUGGGAAUGGAAUAAUUUUGAAGAGGAAGCAUUAAGUCAAGCAGAGGUUCAUUUCGAAGCUAGGAAUGGUAAAGAACAUACCAAACAAUAUUCUCCGGAGGAAUAUGGAGAUUCAUUAAUAAUUCCACAAAUUUGCAAGUGUGCUGGGAAUUAUAAUGAUUUAUGCAAUAGGCAUGCAACUUUAGAAGGCAAAAUGUCUGAAAAUAUCGAUAAUAAAUUCAAGAAUGAUGAAAAUUUGUCAAAAAUUGUUGAGGAGAAACAACGAAUCACCGAAAAAUCUUUGGAAUACGAAGAAAAAUUGGAAAACCAAAACAAAACGAUUCAUAUUUUAGAGGAAAAAAAUAUUGCUUUAUCCAAUGAAUUAGAACAGUCUUAUCAUUCACUGGAAACAAAUUUGGCUGAUAAAUAUUCGCUCAUUCAAGAAUUAGAAGAUAAUAAGCUUUUAGUUGAAAGACUUAUCAGUCAAAUAUUACCUGAAUCCAACGAUGCUGGCGAAGAAACAAAAAAUAAGAUCGAACGUUUGUGCAAAGAAAUUAAUUCAAUUCGAGCUCAGAAUGAUUUGUUAAAGGACGCCGAAACGAAAUUGAUGGAUUUGGUGGAAGAACGUAAUAUUGCCGUUGAGAAUCUUCAAAACGAUAUUGUUAUUAUGGCAUCAAAAAUUGAUGAAAUGAUCAUAGCAAAAAAUAAUCUUAAUGUGGACAAAGAAGAAUUAGGAAAUAAGUUGGCAUCUGUUGAAAAAUUUUAUAAAAAUGAGUUGAAAGAAUUGCGUACGAAAUUAGAGGAAUAUGAAAAUCUAACUGAGAAAAAUAGACAACAAAAUCAGUUGGCAUCUGUUGAAACGUUUUAUAAAAAUGAGUUGGAGGAAUUGCGUACGAAAUUGGAGGAUUAUGAAAAUCUUAUAACCGAGAAAAAUGGACUGCAAAAUCAGUUAGCAUCUGCUGAAACCUUUCAUAAAAAUGAAUUGGAGGAAUUGCGUACGAAAUUGGAGGAUUAUGAAAAUCUUAUAACCGAGAAAAAUGGACUGCAAAAUCAGUUGGCAUCUGUUGAAACCUUUUAUAAAAAUGAAUUGGAGGAAUUGCGUACGAAAUUGGAGGAUUAUGAAAAUCUUAUAACCGAGAAAAAUGGACUGCAAAAUCAGUUGACAUCUGUUGAAACGUUUUAUAAAAAUGAGUUGGAGGAAUUGCGUACGAAAUUGGAGGAAUAUGAAAGACGAUAUUUUAUUGAGGAGCAUAAAUGGAAUAAUGAAAUUCUUGCUGCCAAAAGGGAAAUAGAAAUUGUAAAAAAAAAUUUACAAACUUUAGAAGAAGAAAACAGAGAUUUGAAACAGCAAUUGGAUAUUACUGAAGAAAAAUGUAGGAAGCAAGACUUUGUUGAAGAUAUGCAUAAAAAUAAAAUGGAAAUUUUAUAUUCAAAACUGAAGACAUAUGAGAAUUUUACGGGUAUUCAAGAAGAAAAAGCUAUUCAAACAGAUCAGGAGGAAGCUCGAAGAAAAAUUCCUACUUGCGUUCAAAUCUUUUCAAUGGAUCAGAAAACCUUGGAUAAAACCCACUUAAAUGGCGCUGAAGUGAAAGAUGAUCAAAAGUUAUGCAGAAGUAGCUCGUCAACAACUGGCUUUUCUUCAGAAGGAAUGUUGGCUAAUAUCAAUGAUCGAAUUCAACAGCUUCAAGAAAUUGUAAGUUCCUUUUCUGUCGAUUUGAAAAUGUGUGAAAUGGUUAAUGAUUAUGAUAAUGAUAAUGUAUUCACAUUUACUCUAGAAUUUUCUUCUUUUUCAUAUAAUGUUACUUAUUGGUCGAUUUCAAGACGAGUGCUUCAUAUGUUUGUUGGAAAUUUUUUGGCAGGAAGAUAUUUUGGUAAUAGAGGUACGGAUGAGAUCCUUGGGAGAAAUGGCACUUAUGUUCGCGAAUUGGAUCAUUUCGACAAGCUAUUCGAUAAUUUUAUUGAAAAUGGUAAUGGCAUUACAACGAAUAUGGCUAAAUUGCGAGAAAUUACUGAUAUCUUAUCAGUAGACAUCUUAUCUAUUAAUUCAAGCGAAAACGAAGAGGAAAUGAUUUAUGAUGGUUGGAAUAUCUUAUGUAAUUUAUUUCAACGAUGCCUAAAUGUGUGCAAUAUACAAAUUGAUCAGUUCAAAGGUCAAUUGCAAAAUUUAGAAGAAACUCGAUUUUCAAUUAAUGAAUGCGUUCAUUGCUUGGAGAAUACAUUGACCAAUUCAUUGAUAACAACAGAAUUAGAUGGAAGCGUCGAUAUGAAUGAAAAGAAAAUCGCUAAAAUUGAUAACGCAUUAAAUAUAGAAGCUAUAAAAUGUUUAAUCGGAUAUGAUAGUACGAAAAUUAAUUUAUUUCAAAAAUUUUUUAAUAUGGAAAAUAAAAAAUUUAAGGAAAUUUUAGAAAUUAUUGAAAGCGUAAAAAGCAGUGAAAUAUUUCAAACAAAAAUUUUCUCAUUAGUUGAGGAAAAUGAGAAAUUAAAAGAUGAAUUGAAGAAAUUGAAAGAGGAAAAACUACAAGAAAUUAUUAAAUGUGAAAAAUUGGAAAGAAUGCGAAGCGAUUUAAUGAAAGCAGUGGACGAUUAUGAAAAUCUCGUUGAAAUGCUGAAAGAGUUCAAAAAUAAAACUAAGCAGGAAAUAUUUGCUGAAUUAGAGGAAAUACGCGGAAGCAAUUCACAAAUUUGGAAUGAAUUGGAUUCUUUGAAAAAAAUUCUUUUUACGAUUAAAAAUAAUGAUGAAAAUCAAUAUAAUAAAUUUGAAGAACCAAUGGAAACGAUGAAAAAUAUGCGAAAAAAAAUUUCUAUUUUGGAAAAUGAUUUAAUAGAAAAAGAUUUUUUAAUAAAGAAAUUGAAUAGUACCAAGCAAAAAGUUAAUAAGUCAAGCCAGACUUUAUUAAUAGAAAACAAUCAAUUAUGUGCUAGCGAGUUUAUCACUGAUAAUAUCAAUGGGAGUGUCAAUGUUGAUGAUAAUUGCAAUAAAACUGGUCAAAAAUUAACGGAGAAUAACGAAGAGUUAAGAAGAGUUGAAAAUAAUAUUGGAAAUCCACGAAAAUUAGACAUCGAUACUCAAUUGAAAAAUGAAAGGCGAUUUUCAAUUGAAGAAGAAGACGAUUCGGUUGAAAACGCUGAUGGUGGAAAGGAAGAAGUCAUACCAGACUCUUUAAGUGGAAUGCAGUUGAAUCAAGUCCCAGAAGAUUCUCGAAUCACCGAUCUUAUUUCAUACGAAAUCAAGCCUUGCGCUAAAUGCUUAAAAAAUAACGCGAUUAUGUCGAAAUUAAAACAUGAAAAUAUGCGAAUCGCGAAAGAGCUUUGCAAUGUUCGUCGUCUCUUGGUGACUCGUGAAAACGAUCUGCAAAUGCGAAUCGAACGCGAACUUGUAUUAGAAUCUAACCUUAAAGAUUUUCAGUUACAGUGCGACAGCUUAUCAGUAGAACUUACUCGUAACAGAUCGAUUUAUUCGCAUAAACAAAACAGUCAAAAUCAGAGAGUCGCUAAAUUGCAAGAAAAGAUUUCUGAAACUGAACAAUUCCAUAAUGAAGAGCUAGAACAAUUUAUCGAUGAACUACAUAUUGCAGAAGCCAAAUUGCGGUCGGCCGAAAAUAUUAAAAAAGAGAAUGAAAAAAUGAUCGAGCAAUUGCAAAAUAAAAUAAGAGAAUGGGCAACACGCUGUAGUGAUCUGAUCCGUGAAAAUGAAGCACUUUUAAGAGCUAAUGAGGGAGUCAAAACUCUCGAGUCCAUAAUCAGCAAAAUUAAUGAAGAAAAGCAGCAUUUAUAUCAUGAGUUAUGUGAUAUCCAUGCGGAAAGGACUCAGUUGCUAUCAAUACGUGAUCAUCUUUGUGUAUGUCUUGAUGAAGCUAAUACCCAGAUCCAGCAGCUUCGUGAAAAGCUUCAUCUUUCAAUAAAUGAUCGCACGGCAAAAGCAAUGAAGAUCAUUGAGCUUCAGGCCGAGAUCCAUGCGAUAAAAGUUAAAUUGUCCAAGGUUGGUUCAGUUGUUGAUCAGUCAUUUUACGAAAACGAUUAUGGAUUGAUCGAUGAAAACAAACGAAAGUUUUUUGCGAAGAAUAGGGCUUUAAGUGAAGGCAGCUUAUCGGAGAAGUCAAAAAUGGUUAUUUUUCAUAAAAAUAUGGCCACUGACGAUAAUUCUAAAACAAAAAAUGUUCGAGAAAGUAGUCAAACCUCUAUUAUUCCUUCAUUCAACAAACAAUUUGCUUCAUUACGAAUUUUUAGAGCGCAUGAAAAAAGCGAUUCAUUAAUAGCUAUAAAUAAUAGUGGCAAUAAAUUAAUUUCUCGAUCUGUAAGUUAUUUUAUUCGAAAAUUUAUUUUUUUAUUAUUUUUUUAUAAUUAUUUAGAAUUGUCGAAUUUGGCACCAAAAGAUUUGAUGCAAAUCUAA